GUAUUCUGAUGUGGGGAGCCUGAGACGUCAGCAAAUCCUGGCCUAGCCCGAAGAAGAUUCCGGGGGCCUUAGGCGCAUCGGUCUCGGCCUCGGGGUAAGAUGACGUGCAGGUCCUGACUGUCUGAAAAGCAUUAAGUAUCCCUAAAGCCACUCGUACUUUAGGCCCACGAAGCUGGAGGCCUGCUUCCUUCCCCGCAGCAUAUUUACUGUCCAUUCAACAUCGAACUACACUGGAUGAUUACCACCGGGUUCUCAAAAGAAACACAACAAUAACGACUCAAAUAUGGGUUCUCUCGGACAUACUGACUUUGAUGACGUCGGCACGAAAGUGCUGAGCCCGUCCACGCUGGCGCACGUCGUCCUCCGUACUGGCAAUUUCCAGAAAAUGGUCGACUUCUACCUAAACUUCCUGGGAGGCACGGUCACAUACGGCAACGAUUUCAUCUCAUUUAUCACAUACGACGAGGAACAUCAUCGUAUCGCACUCAUCGGCAUACCUGGUACGGGACCCAAAGUCCCUACGAGUGCUGGGAUGGAACACAUCGCUUUCACGUUUCCUACGUUGUCGGCACUCCUUUUAGCAUAUCGACAACGCAAAGCUCGUGGCAUUCCACCAGCCUGGUGUGUUAACCACGGACCCACGACAUCCAUCUACUACAAGGACCCCGACGGCAAUAUGCUCGAAACGCAGGUCGACAAUUUCGACACCAUCGAAUCAGCCAAUGAGUUUAUGACCGGUAAAUACUUCGCCGAAAAUCCCAUCGGCACGGAUUUUGAUGCGGAAGAGCUCAUUCAGAAGAUCAAGGAUGGAGUGCCGGACGCGGACCUGAAGAAACGUGUUGAAAUUGGGCCGAGAGGGCUGCCCUCUGACUUCUAGAUAGAUGGACGCAGCAUGGGAAGCAUGCACAGGACUUCACUUUCGCCUUGAAGC